CAUUUCACAUUCGAAUUCAAGCUAUAGGAACUCUUUACCGUAUUUCACUUCUCUUUAGUUAUACCUUUCUUUGUGUAAUUUUCGUUUCAACCAUAACUGUUGAUUUUCUUGCAUGCUCAAUUCUUUUGCAAAACUAUACUGACCAUGUUUCUCUCCACUUAGUUACAAGGCUAAUGGAAUAUUUAUUAGAUUAUGAAGAUGACGUGGAGAACCACUUACCAGGCUUUGUUACAAGCUUAAUGGAACAUCUAUCAGAUUAUGAAGACGAUGUGGAGAACUACUUACCAAGUUUUGGUGAUAAUAAUGCAAAUGGAAAUAAUACUGAUGACUAUGAUGUAGAUGUUAAUGAAACG